AUUCCUUUCGUAUGACCCUUGUUAAACAUUUUGAAAUACUACUGACCAAGAACUUGUUGUUGCUGGCAUAGAAAUAUUUGAGAAGUUUUUUUUCCAAAAAGUAGCAAGAAUUUGUCAUUAAAUUUUGACAUGUUCUGGACUAUCAUUAUAUUAAUAUUUUGAAGUUAAUGACAGAUACUCUAUAAGCGCUUUCUCAAAUUAUAUUUCUCUAGCCAAAUUUUUUGUAUGUAGUAAUAAGACGAAUGGCGACAUAUGGACAUUUCGGUUAGAAAUAAAAUUACCACCGAUUACAGAAAAUGCUGAAAUGUACGAAACUCCUACUAAAAGUAAGGAGAUCGCUUUACAAUCGAAAUUAAAAGAGUGUUCGCAGAGCAAUCUAAUAAGAAUUCCACAAAAGGUGAAGCCGUUUAGAAAUCGUAAAGUGGAUAAAAUAAUUUUACCAACCAAAUCCAAAUUUGCUUUGAACGUUGCAUCAAGUAAAGGUAGUUCAAGUUUAGCAAUCAGCCUCUGUACUCGUCAGUCUGCUAUACCUUGUCAAUUAAAACGAUCAAUAUCUUGUCCCAGUUUUAAUAAACCAUCUAGGAAAGCAUUUCAUACUUCAUGGGAUUCAGUACAGAAAACAGUACUAGAGGCUCGGCCGCCUUGUUCAACAUCUAAAGAAAUUUCGAAACAAUCAAUGGCUAGAAAUAGAAGACAAACAGAAGGAGUCUCAACUAUGUUAGAACGGCCAGACCAUGGUGAUAUACACGAGUUAAAUAGCGAAGAGAUAAGACAAAUGUUGCCGUUACAAAAAAGGGUUCAGGGUAAUUCACUUAAGAAUAAAAAUCGGAUGAUGGCAUCUACAAGGAAAACAUCAACGGUUAAUGAUUUCGUCAGCUAUCAGAGCACUUCACAAAAGGAGUCUAUCAUUUCAGGUAGCAGUCAUGGAGCGAGUGAUGUUUAUCGACAUUUCCUGGGUCCCACCCCAGAUGAAACUAUAAUGGCAGGAUUGCAAACGUUUAUUGAUAUGUGUCGAAAACGCUGUUCCAGCUCAACUACUAAUGGUACUGAUGAGGAUGGCUUAACCGCCUCCAGUGAUUAUUACACCAAGACAGAGGAUGAUUAUUUAAUGAAACCAAUUUUAAUAGACACCAUGACAGACAACAACAAUAACAGUAAGUCAUUACAAUCAGGAGAUUCUCCUCGAAGAAACAACUCAAUGUUACAAUUGAAUGUAAAACGAAAUGAACAAUGUUGGUAUUGUAAUGAAUAUCCUAAACAUUAUCAACCUCAACGUAUUACCGGAAACGAAGAGUACUGCAGUUGUAGCUAUGAUCAAUGUGUUAAAGGAAAUACAUUUUCAGAUAAAGCAGUUAUUGUCCAUAGUAAUAACGACAGUAACCUAAACACUCAUUCGCCUAGGGAAAAAUUAUUACUUGAUAAUGGCUGCCAAGUGAUUAAUUCAAAAGAAGCAGAAGGUUCAAUCGUUGUUACUAAAAUACAUAAACCUCAAUCGUCUGCGCAAACCAUUGACGUGCCAAUUUCUGUACAAGGGGUGCAGACUGACGCUAAAUAUGAAGAAGACGAAAGUAUAAUAUUGGACUCCAUUAGACCCCCAUAUCAGUAUUUAAUUGGUGAUAUUGACACUCAGGUUCAGAUGUUUUAUAAACCUGAGUGCGGAGAUAUUACCGAAAAUAUUUAUCAGACGUCCAGUGAUUAUAAAGGCACCCAGCAGUGUAAUCCUAUUCCCGAAUUGGAUUAUGAACAAACUGAAAAUAAGCAGAUUGGUCGAACCAGCAUCCCUAAAACAAAACCUGGCCGUCCUAAGAAAGCAAUUGUUCCAUCCACAAUUGUGGAAAAUACUAAAAGGAAACCAUUGCAAUUUGCAUCUUUUCUGUAUGAACCAUAUAACGGAGACACAAAUAACGACGAAUCUUCUGUAGCAGUUUUUAGAUCUGCGAAAUAUAAAAAUGAAGCAGCAUAUUCCAAAAAGCCGAUAGAGAAACUUACAAUUGAUUCUUUUGAACACGAAGAGGGACAAAUAAUUACUUUUACUGAGAAAGAUUCCACAACGAGCGAUGAUGAAGGUAACCGACAAAACAGUAUGAAUACGUGUAGAUGUCUUGAAAUAGUUGAGAAAUUACGCUCGUCAGAUAUUAAUUGUAAAAUUGACGAAUCAAAGUCUGCCGAGGAAAUUGUAAUAGGAAUUCACACAGUUUUUGAGGAAGCAUGUCAAUCAUCUUCAGGAGUUCAAAAAAAUAACAGUUUUCAUAUAUCAUUUCCAAAAGGAAAUUUUCCAAGUAAAAUUCAUUUAACAGCAAAAAUGUGUGUAAAUCAUGAUGAAGUGUGCGAAAAUAACAAACUAAAUCAAAAACAAGUGGACGUGCCCUCAAUUCCUGAAGAAUAUCAAGAUAGGCUUCAUAUCAACGAAUGUAAAUCAAACUACCAGCUAGAAUUAGAACUUACUCCCACUUCGAAGGAAGAAAUGUCUACAGUACAUCAAGUUAAAAGAUUAGCAGAUCUCCAUAGUUCAGUAACAAAACUGAACCAAAUCUCUUCUUGUAAUCAGUCAAAACUACCAUUUGACUCCAAUUUAACCAGUUCCAAAGAAACAGUUAAUUCCGAAUAUCUGCCCAAAAAUACAAGCGAUUCAGGAAACAGAGGAAUAGGCUUAGUUCAACAUAAGAAACGUCACUCAAAAAGUAUCCAAAUGUCAGAAUCUCAACACACAACCAGAGAUUCCAAGUCUCAGUGUCCAAUGAAAAAUUGUAAUCAAACACCAGAAAAAUCAAACCGAAACCUUCAAGUUGAUAUGAACAAUAUUCCAUCUCAAACCAAACAUCUAGUUUCGGAAAACUAUUCUCACAGUCCAUGUUUAGAAAGUAACAAAAUAUAUUCUAAAUCACGUGAAGAGAUGCAAGAAGUGACGGAAAGAUCACGCACCACAAAACUUUCUGAACGCAAUUCUUAUCUGGAUCCCCAGCCCAGUUUCUGUUCACAUGAGAAAAUUGAGCAUAAAUUAUUCUCCCAGUGUUCAUCCCACACGAAAAAUAACUCAUCUGUAGUUACUUCAGAAAAUUUUGACGGUUCAGGUUGCACCUGUAGGCGUAAUUUGAAACACAAUAGCAAAGGAUGUCAAUGUGAAAAUAACAUUGAAAAUGGUUCUGAACGUGAAAUGAAUAUACAAGAAUUCGAAGAUGCGAAGUACAUGAAUGAGGAACUAAACGUAUCAUCCCAUGAAGCACAUCUUCUCUCCAAGUCAGUUACUGCAAACCCCUGCAAUGAAAAUAAUUAUAAAGUCAGUAAAUUAGUACAAUAUUCAAAUGCGGGCGAUUUAAUUGUAUUGGAUGGUUUGCAAAAACCACAAAUGAAAACAACCCACGACGAAUAUUACGCUGAACCAAUAAAAGACAAUAUUUUUCAAAAUGACAAUCAAGAGAUGCUAUCAGGCUACACUUUAAACGUAAAUAAACACCAAGACGAAAAAAACAAGAAGGACAACAAAACUGAAACACACGUUAAUAGAUGUUCUUUUAUCCCCGGAAAUAGCUUUGAUUCGAGAUACAAAUUAACCCAAUCAGAGUAUAUUCAGACAGAUGCAAAAAAUUGCUCCAGUACUGAGUCACGUAAUGGACACAAGUCAAUCGGUAUACAAAAGGAAUCACACAAUGGCAGACAUCAAAAAGGGAAAAGCAGUAAUUAUUUUAAACAAAUCUUACAAACAUUUGAUGCCGAUUUCAGCUCGCAAUAUUCAAAGAAAAUGCAUCCUCAAAAUCUAAAACCCCGAUCACAUGAUAACAUGAAAGACAAUAGUUUGAUUUCUCUUAAGAAUAUUCCUAAAUCACGGAGUUAUCAAAAGGAUUUAUUAUUCGAUCCGAAUAAUACAGAUAGCCCUUGCAUUGAUAACAUGAUAUUGACAAGUGAAUAUUGCAAAAGAUCUAGAAAACGUAUACAAAGCAAAGAAAGUAAAGUUUUGUCAAAUAAGGCAGAGCUAGAUAGAGAUCCUGCAAAUCAAUUACACAUUUUAGAUAAGGAUAUAAUUAAAGGUGCUGAAGAAAUAAAGGCAUUAGCUGAAGUUGUUAAGAAAUCUCCGUCAAAAAAGAAGACGAAUAAAAAACAUGAUUUCAGAGUUUGUUCAAGUUGCCUUCAAGGUGCUUUAACCGAAGUCUAUAAAGCUCCCGAAAAUGCAGAUAAAAGUAAGUAUCUUUUGGAGAUUUAG